UAGCCCCAUCGCGCAUGUGCAGCGCGUCAUCGUGCAUGACGUCACGACACAGUGCCACCAGCUUGCCAACACAAGACAUAACGCGCUUGACCUUGAAAUCUGCAGCUCUUAAUUAAAAAUGUCUUCGUCGUGUUCAGGAUGCCCUUCUGUCAAAGCCCAUCUUUUUGUAGCCGUGCCAGUUGCUGUUGCUGCAAUUGGAGGCUAUUUGUAUUACCACUAUGUUUGCAGGAAGCGGUGCAAGAAGAGUCGAAUUAACCAAGAAAUUGACAAAGACAACCCUAAAGUGUUCCACAGCUUUGACAUUGAAGACAUUGGCACCAAGAAAGUUUAUUGUCGUUGCUGGAGAUCGAAGAAGUUUCCUUAUUGUGAUGGGGCGCACAGCAAGCAUAAUGAAGAAACCGGAGACAACGUGGGGCCUUUGAUAAUAAAGGCAAAGGAUGCUUAAUGUUCCUGUGUACACUAAGUUACAAAAUUGAAACUAUAAGAUGUUCUGAUUUUAUGGAGUCUGUCUGCAAUUCUUGGUUUAAUUAUUUUCUUAUUAAAUUUACACAACUGUAUGCAAAAUGAAAUGUAUAUCUUUGAAGAUAAGCUGACAUUUCUAUGUGAUAAUAAUUGUUCAAUAAACCCAUCUUGUAUACAGAA